CCGCCGCCCGCGCCGCGCCCGGCCCGUGAAGCCCAGGGAGCCCCUCUGGGAGAGCCCAUGAGGGCAGGAGAGUGAUGGAGAGUACGCCCAGCUUCCUGAAGGACACCCCGGUUUGGGAGAAGACGGCCCCUGAGAACGGCCUCGCGGGACAAGAGCCAGGGCCCCCGCUGCGGGAUGGCCUGCACCGUGGGGCGCUGUGCCUGGGACAGCCUGCUCCCUUCUGGAGGGGCGGCCUGAGCACCCCGGACUCCUGGCUUCCCGCUGGCUUCCCCCAGGGCCCCAAGGACACGCUCCCGCUGGUGGAGGGUGAGGGCCCCCGGGGUGGGGAGAGGAAGACCAGCUGGCUGGGCAGCAAGGAGGGGCUGCACUGGAAGGAGGCCAUGCUCACGCAGCCGCUGGCCUUCUGCGGGCCGGCGUGCCCACCUCCCUACGGCCCCCUGAUUCCCGAGCACGCCGGCGACCAGCUCAAGAGCGACCCCCUGGCCUUCCGGCCCCUGCACUGCCCCUUCCUCCUGGAGACCAAGAUCCUGGAGCGAGCUCCCUUCUGGGUGCCCACCUGCUUGCCACCCUACCUGGUGUCCAGUCUGCCCCCGGAGCGCCCAUGUGACUGGCCCCUGGCCCCGCACCCCUGGCUGUACGCGGGGGCCCAGCCCAAAGUGCCCACUGCUGCCUUCAGCUUGGGCAGCAAGGGCUUUUACCACAAGGAUCCGAGCACACUGGGGCUGGCCAAAGAGCCCUUGGCAGCUGCAGAGCCCGGGCUGCGGGGCUUGGGCCCCAGUGGGCAGCUCCAGCGAGCCGGGGAGGUGGAGCGCCCCGAGCUCCCACCGCGGAAUGGGGAGGCAGGAGCUGGCAGGCAGCAGAAUCUUUGCCCGCUCUUCCUGGGGCACCCAGACACUGUGCCCCGGAGCCCCUGGCCCCCGUGUCCCCCAGGCCUGGUCCAUACCCUCGGCAACGUCUGGCCCAUACCAGGUGGUGGGAGCCUUGGGUACCCAUUGGGGCCCCCAGCCACACCGAGGUGCCCCUCUCCAGGACCUCCUAAUGCCCAGGGCGGCGGCUGUUUCUCCUCCCACCCGCCUGAUGGAGAAGAGAGCCUCAGCCCGUGUGGAAAGUGCCAGGAGGGCCUGGAGGGGGCUCCCGGUGACUCUGGCGAGGAAGUGAGCAAAGCCGCCAGCCCCAGGGCCUGUCCCCCCAGCCACCACACCAAGCUGAAGAAGACGUGGCUCACGCGGCAUUCUGAGCAAUUCGGGUGCCCAGGCGGCUGCCCUGGGAACCAGGAGAGCCCGGCCGCUCAGCUGCGGAAGAGGGCAGGCAGCCCUGAGGUGCACGGAGCCGCCGGGAGCCCGGCCCCCAAGCGCCCACCCGGCCCUGUCCCAGGUGACGCAGGCCAGGAGCUGCUGGACGCAUCGGUGGAGAGCAAAGCAGAGGCCGCACAGCGUGAGGACCAGAGAGGACUCCAGGAUGGCAGGGCUGGCCUCCAGAGUCCAGGGCUUCGGGAUGUACCCUGCCCAGCCCUCUCGGCAAGCACUGCUCCAUGCCAAAGCUGUGUCCAAGCAGCUGGAGAGGCCGGUGGGCUGAGCCGCCCCUCCCAGCCGCUGCAGAGACGGCCUCUGGCAGGGGAGGCUGGGCAGGAGGAAGCGUUGGCCCCCAGCUCUGAGGAGGGAGGAGCGGCUGACCCGGAGGCGCAUCUCCACCUGAGCCUUGCCAAGCACCUGCUGAGUGGUCUGGGGGACCGGCUGUGCCGCCUGCUGCGGAGGGAGCGGGAGGUCUUGGCCUGGGCACAGCGUGAAGCAGGCCAGGGGCCAACCAUGAGCGAGGACAAGCCAGGCAGUCCACGCUGCUGUAGCCGUUGCCACCACGGGCUCUUCAACACCCACUGGAGAUGCCCCCGCUGCAGCCGCCGGCUGUGUGUGGCCUGUGGCCGCAUGGCAGGUGCCGGGAGGGCCAGGGAGAAGGCAGGCGCUCAGGAGCAGGCCACCCAGCACUGUGCCCAGGAGGCCGGGCACUCCGCCUGCUCCCUAGUGUUAACCCAGUUUGUCUCCAGCCAGGCCUUGGCAGAGCUGAGCGCUGCAAUGCACCAGGUCUGGGUCAAGUUUGACAUCCGGGGACCUUGCCUUUGCCAAGCUGAUGCCCGGGUGUGGGCUCCCGGGAAUGGAGGCCAGCAGAAGGAGCCGUCAGAGAAAACUCCCCCAACUGCUCAGCCUUCCUGUAAUGGGGACAUCAACAGGACCAAGGACAUCAAAGAGGAAACCCCAGACUGCGGCGGCGGGAACUCAGCAGACGACCGUGCGGGCCGGGGGCCCCUGCCUUGUCCGUCUCUCUGCGAACUGCUGGCUUCCACCGCCGUGAAACUCUGCCUGGGACACGAGCGUAUCCACAUGGCCUUCGCGCCCGUCACGCCGGCCCUGCCCAGCGACGAUCGCAUCACCAACAUCCUGGACAGCAUCAUCGCGCAGGUGGUGGAGCGCAAGAUCCAGGAGAAAGCCCUGGGCCCCGGGCUUCGGGCAGGGCAGGGCCUGCGCAAGGGCCUGAGCCUGCCCCUGUCUCCAGCGCGGCCCAGGCUGCCUCACCCCGGGGCUCUGCUGUGGCUGCAGGAGCCCAGGCCCGGGCGCAGCCUCCAUCUCUUCCAGGAGCACUGGCGGCAGGGCCAGCCCGUGUUGGUGUCAGGGAUUAAGAGGACGCUUCGAGACAGCCUGUGGACCAGGGAGGCCCUCGGAGCCCUGGGAGGCCAGGUGCAGGUGCUAAGCCCCCUGGGCCCUCCCCAGCCCACCAGUGUGAGCAGCACAGCCUUCUGGGAUGGCUUCUCACGUCCUGAGAUUCGCCCCAGGUCGGACGAGGGCUCUGUCCUCCUGCUGCAUCGAGCUCUAGGGGAUGAAGACAGCAGCAGGGUGGAGAACCUGGAUGCCAGCCUGCCACUCCGAGAGUACUGCGCCCACCACGGGAAACUCAAUCUGGCCUCCUACCUCCCGCCAGGCCCGUCCCUGCAGCCACUGGAACCCAAGCUCUGGGCAGCCUAUGGUGUGAGCCCACACCGUGGACACCUGGGGACCAAAAACCUUUGUGUGGAAGUGGCCGACCUGGUCAGCAUCCUGGCGCACGCCGAGGGCCCCCUACCUGCUUGGCACCGGGCACAGAAAGAUGUCCUCGCAGGCCUGGACGGGGAGGGGCUGUGGUCUCCGGGCAGCCAGGUCAGCACUGUGUGGCACGUGUUCCGGGCACAGGACGCUCAGCGCAUCCGCCGUUUCCUGCAGAUGGUCUGCCCCGCCGUGGCGGGCACCCUGGAGCCCGGCGCCCCAGGCAGCUGCUACCUGGACACGGGGCUGCGGCGCCGGCUGCGGGAGGAGUGGGGCGUGAGCUGCUGGACUCUGCUGCAGGCCCCUGGAGAGGCUGUGCUGGUGCCCGCGGGAGCACCCCACCAGGUGCAGGGCCUGGUCAGCACGGUCAGUGUCACCCAGCACUUCCUGUCCCCCGAGACCUGUGCCCUCUCUGCUCAGCUCUGCCACCAGGGACCCAGCCUGCCCACUGCCCACCGCCUGCUUUAUGCCCAGAUGGACUGGGCAGUGUUCCAAGCAGUGAAGGUGGCUGUGGGGACAUUACAGGAGACUGACAAAUAGGGGGAUCCCAGGUGUCAGAGGUCGGGGCGGGAGCAGGUAGACCAGGUGCUCAGCCGGGCGACUUCAGUAGGGAAUGAUGCUGGGGCGCUUGGGGGCUGUUAGUCACUCUCACAAGUACCACUCUGGGCACAGGCAGGGCACACGGUUCCUGGUCCCUGCUCUGGAAUGCCACCAAAGCUGUACCUGCCCCACCCCGUGUCCCCAUCCACGGCACCAGGCCUACACGGGGGGUGACUAACUCCCUCCACCCCCACCCCUGCCGCCUACCCCGGGGUGGACACAGCCCUCCCUUGGGGGACCUCACAAUCAUUCUGGCUUUAGCAACUCUUACUUCCGUUGCCUCAUCGUCUGCCCUUGAACUCCGCUUCUACCUCCCAGGCACCCCCUGGGCUCCCCCCGCAGCCCUGCGCAGGCCAGUCUGCCAGAAGAGCCGGGAAGUAUGGGGUGGGCAGGCGGGAGGGAGUGCCAUGGGCCAUGUCACCCUGUCUCACUUCCUUCUCCCCACUUCCUGAUGUCCACUGAGGCCCGUGUGGUGGCACCCUCCAGCGUGGGGGUGGGGAGGGGAGGCGUGCAAUCUGCUCUGGGGCAGGAGUUGGGGGAUGGGAGGAGAUGGGGACCUCAAACAGCACCGCCUGCUCUUUUUCCGGGUGCCUGGGCCCCUGCCCCCUCCCAUGGAGGAGCAGAUGGAGCCCCCCCAGGGGGAUGCUUCGUGGAGAUGCUCCUGACCGUGUGGCCAUGCAAGGCAGAGCCCUGGGACCAACAGCAAGGUGGCCUCUCUCCUCCCAGUGGCUGCAGAUUCCAAAGGCGCACCCCUCCUGUCUCUCCUGCCCACCCUGACCCGGAGACCCAGGCAUGGGGCCCAGGAGAGCCCUUGUCCAGUCCAUCUGCCGCUGUGGCCACAGCCACCUCCAGGUCCAGCUGCCCGGGACAACUUCAUUCACAACCUCAGGCAGCUCCCGUCUUCUCCCCACGGCCUCUGCCUUCCAUCCCUCCCUGUGUAUCUCAGCCCCAGACAACGCCCUGGCUCUUGUCAUACCUAAUUCUUCCCGCUCUGGUUUGGGGAAUGGUGUUUUUUUUUUAUUAUUAAAUAAAAAUUUUUUAUUAUAAGUGU